CUAUUGUAAAAUCUGUUUGUUCACGACUAUUCGGGGAUCUAUCAGUGCGCAUAAAAUUAAAAGAAGCGAAAUCUAAAAAAAAAAAUUUAUUGUUAAUCUUAUUUCGUCUAUGAUAGGUUCGUUAAUGUGUACAGUCAUGUCACGUGAUACCAGUUGUCAAAUAGCGUACGAUUUUGUCCAGCCGAUAUCCCUUCAGCAAUUUUCAAGUCUAUGGACCUUAGCUAAAGCGGGAAAUAUUUGAAUAUUUUGUUUCCGUUCAUGUUUUAUUGUUCCUUGUUAUUUUACAAAAGUAGAUAAGGGUCUAAUUUUACGCUUCAUUUUAUUAAACUCUUUUAUUUAUAUCGAAUAUAUACAUUAUUUCGUUAAGAGAAAAUUUUAGUGGUACUCUCAAUUAGAUUAAAAAUAUUGACACAAUACGCCACCUAGGGAACAACUUUAAAAAUAUCGUGUAGAUCUGGUCAGUUUCAUUUACAUAAUUUGAUAUAAUUUUAUAAAUGAUGUUCAAAAAUUUGAACAAAUUUUUCUUCCAAAAAUCAAAUUUUUAUAUUCUUUUACUUCACAUUCAUUAAAAAUAAAAUUAAAAUGUGGUUAUGUUUGUAAGAUAUUCACGUUAUAUAGUCGAAAAUACUAUCUUAUAAGUUCUUUCAGUUAAUAUAGAACGUAUAUAUGAUGACUUCAAGUAAAAGUACAAAAGAAGCACUUUUGUCAAUAAUUGAUGAUAUUGAAUUAAUAGCAAAGGAAAUGAUAGAGAACAUAAUAGCUCAGAAACCGUUGAAAUUAUCCACUACAGAACACACACAGUUGACAGAGUUAUUAAUAGCAAAAGAUAAUGAAUUGAAAGCAACUUUGAAGCGUGCUGCAGAGCAAGCAAAAAUAAAUUUAAAAAUGGAAGCUUUAAAGGCAGAAGUUGAAAGGCAAGACCAGGACAUUCAACAAUUACAACGUCAAUUAAAGGAAGCUGAACAAAUAUUAGCUACUGCUAUAUACCAGGCAAAACAAAAAUUACAAUCUAUUGCACGUGCUAAUAAACGUCCUGUACCUUCUGAAGAACUCAUUAAGUUUGCUCAUAGAAUAAGUGCUUCAAAUGCAAUCUGUGCACCAUUAACAUGGCAACAAGGAGAUCCUCGAAGGCCUUAUCCUACAGAUAUCGAAAUGAGAUUAGGAUGUUUAGGUAGACUAAGUGAUCUUCCUUUAAAUGUACCGAUGUUAGGCUCUCAUCCAGGAAUUCCUUCAGAUUUACAUAGAACAGGUCAUCCUGCGGGUGAGCCUCCAGUGUCACAAGCAAACCAGUUUGCAUGGCAUCCAUCAGGAGAAAUUCAUAUGUCUGUGGGUGGACAAGGGAGUGUAGCUAUGAAUACUCACAAACAAGAAACGGAAGAUGUUGAAGUUAUGUCAACAGAUUCGUCCAGUAGCUCAUCUAGUGAUUCACAAUAGACUGAUGUAAUUAUUAAAAUAUAAUUUACUUUUACAUCAUCCUGAAAAUAGAGGUUUGAUGCAUAGGUUAUAAAUAAUUAACGAACUUGUAUAAAAUAUUUGUUAUAUGAAAUCUAUAUUACAUUUUUAUUUAUGAUUAAGUACAGUUGAUAAUAUUGCGCAUGAAAAAUUUUUAUAAAAAAUUUAGCAGUGAAGAAUAUUGUAUAUUUUUAUUUUUGUCUAACAACAAAAAUUGUUUAAACUAAUCAAUUUUAAAUCAAAAAAGCAAAGGAGAUAAUUUUUUUAAUAAUUUGAUUAUAAAGAUCCCAGAAGUAUAUUUGGCAAGAACUUGUGUAAUAUUUGAGGCGUAUAAUACAUUUCACUAUUUGCCUAAAAUAUAUAAAACAAA